AGCCAGGUCUGAGUUAAGAUGGCUGCCUACUGCUGAGAAGUAACGCGGUUAUAACAUGUCAACAUGUCACUUCUCAGAAUUUGUGGCGUCACUAAAUGUCUCAGUCGUCGAAAUGUGUUUGAAAAGUGUACCGUUCGCCUCUCCUUUACGGAACACUGUCAGCUGUGUGCGUUGGUGAGGUACGGCGCCGCAGUCAGACCAAUAUCAGAGACACCUCUCCAGCUUCAGAGAAGAAAUGUUUCAUUCGUUUUCCCAAAGAAAGAAGAUGCAAAGAAACGUGUCCAGGAACAGUCUCAGCUACUAGACGUGCUUGAAGCCAGAAUCCAGCAACUCCAAACUGACAUUUUGGACGUCCAACAUGCUGAAGUUCACUUUCUUAAAGUCCCGUCUUCUGAAAGAGUGGCUUUAUCUGGCAGGGGUUCCCAAAACUCAAAUCAGGACAAAACGGACCUAUCCAAAUCAGGAUCUAAAGGAGCAAAACCUCAGAUGGAAAAAUUAACUUGGGAGAAAAAAAACAAACUUAAACAACAGCAGCAUCUCCAGAAGAAAUGUUCAGGUACUGUUAAGGAGAAACCAGCACCAACAUCUCAAAGUAGUAAAAGCAUCUCCAAGAUGCUCCCAGGCACAACACAUAAAACAAUAUCUACAACAGCUAAGAAGACAACACCUCUCACACAGACGAGCAAAAAAAAAAAGAGAUUAUCAGAGCAAAUCCGUGCUGCAGUUUAUCCAGUAGCUACUUCUGCUGCUGCUACUGUUAAAGCAGUCAAACCACGUACAGUCUCUGAAGAAAAGAAGAAGGACUUAAAAAAUCAGCAUCUCAGAGAAGUGGCUCGAAUCCAGACUGAUGGUGACGCUGAUGGCAAGGCAAAGGAGCUGGAGAGGACGCUUGUUCAAAAGGUUGAUCAGUGGAGCUCUUCCGGUAUGUCAGAGCUCCUGCGUGAUGGGGAUGGUGAAGCAAAUGCAUGUGGGGACUUUCAGCAGAGCGUCCGCUCCUACCUGGAGGCCUGUGUGUUCACAGGGAACAUUGACAGAGCACACCGUUUCCUGCUUAGCCAGCACCGAAUGAGGGGCCGUCGUAAACUUCUGAACACAGAUGUUUACAACAUCAUGAUGAGGUUGUGGGCCAAGAAGGGCAUGUUAAAUCAGAUCGGACGCAUGUUUAUUCUGUUAGAAGAGGCUGGUCUGAAGCCAAAUCCAAGAUCUUACUGUGCUGCACUGGAGUGUAUGGGCCGCAACCCCAACUGCUCCCCGAAAGUCAUCACUAGGUGCCUGAGUCGGAUGAAAGAGGACGGAAUGUCCGUGGACGAUCUGUUCAACCAGAGUGUGUUUCGUCAAGAUGAGAGAGACAUGGUGCUGAAGGCCAUACACACGAUCCAGCCUGACUAUCUGCCCGGCUUCAACCCAAACACAAGCGAGUCCUACACAUCGUUGGUUCGGGACUUCUACACACAGAGGGCAGACCACCAAUACCCAAAACUGGACUUCACUCAGGCGGAGCUGCAGGAGCGUUUCCAGCGUCAGCUCAGUGUGGAACAGGCCUGCACUGUCACCAUCGACUCAGUGGAGACUGCCAAGCCUGUCACUGAAAACAUGACCAAAAUGAGGGAGCAGUUGACCAAACACCGAGCUCAGUGGCGUACGAUCCUCCUCCAGGCCCUGAGGGAGAGCAAGAUGAUACUAGUGAAUACCAACACCAAGGACUACAGGCUUAACCUUUAUCCCUACCUCUGCCUGCUGGAGGAUAAGGAGUAUGUUGAGAUCAUGAUACAGAGUGUUGCCAACCUGCCUCCCAGCGGAGAGUCGCUGAGAUUGUUGGCCGCAGAUCUGGGCAACAGGGUCUUCACCAAGUACGCUGUGCGACAGAAACACCAGAAUCACAUCGUGGAAAAGUUGGCCAACAUUUACAACACUUACACAGAGCUGCUGGCCAAAGAUACCAAGGAGUUUGACGUCCUUCCCAGAGAGAAGUGGUGUAACUUGGAGAUGGAGCAGAGUUCAGGACCCAUGUUGCAGGGGGGAGAGCUGAGCUGGCCACAUAUUAUAACUCUGGAGCUGGGCACACACUUGGUGGAUAUGAUGGUCAAGAACCUGAAAAUCAACAGUGACAUCCUGAACCCAUCCCAUGAGAGGAAGCUCAUCCCUAUUCUCUACCACAUGUACGCCUUCCGUAGCACCAGACAGAUUGGAUUCAUCAAGCCCCACCCCAUCCUCAUUCAGAUGCAGCAGGAAGCAACAGAGACCAAACUGACUUUUGACUCCUAUGUGAUGCCCAUGCUGUGCCCUCCUGUGCCCUGGACUUCUGUGAAGUUUGGAGCUUACCUGCUGACACCAACCAAGCUGAUGCGCUCAGUCGACGGGGCUGUACAACAUGAGGAGUUGCUGGAAAAAUGCCAGAAUCUUCAUGCAGUUAUGGACUCUCUCAAUCAGCUGGGCAGCUGUGCCUGGAGGAUCAACAAGCCCCUGUUGGAUAUUAUUAUCUCCAUUUUCAAUGAUCGGGGUAGUGAUAAGCUAGACAUCCCUCCUCCGCUAUCAGAGGCCCCCAAAAUACCACACUUCAACCCCCACGAUCACACUUACACAGCUUCUGAGAAGGCCCAGUUGAGAAAAGAUGUGGUUAAUGCUAAAAGGAAAUGCAGCGAGAUGCACAGCCUGCGUAUGAACGCUCUCUAUCAACUGUCCAUCGCAAACCACAUACGGGAUGACGUUUUCUGGUUCCCCCACAACAUGGACUUCAGGGGACGUACCUACCCCUGUCCUCCAUACUUCAAUCACCUGGGAAGUGAUGUGACACGGGCCAUCCUUGUGUUUGCAGAGGGCAAACCCCUCGGUCCCAAGGGCCUGGACUGGCUAAAGAUCCACUUAGUCAAUCUGACAGGGUUAAAGAAGAGGAGCUCACAGGAGGGACGCCUGGAGUAUGCCAACUCUAUCAUGGAGGACAUACUGGACUCUGCAGACAACCCUCUCAAUGGUAAGAAAUGGUGGAUGAAUGCAGAUGAGCCUUGGCAGGCUCUGGCCUGCUGCAAGGAGAUUGCUAGUGCUGUGAGAUCUCCUGAUCCAUCCAAGUUCAUCUCCAAUUUUCCUGUUCAUCAGGACGGCUCCUGUAAUGGUCUCCAGCACUAUGCUGCUUUAGGCAGAGAUGUUAUUGGUGCCACAUCGGUCAACCUCAUGCCCUGUGAUGUGCCUCAGGAUGUGUACAGCGGAGUAGCACAGCAGGUAGAGGAGCUACGAGCACACGAUGCAGAGCGUGGUCUGAAGGUCGCGCAGGUCCUGGAGGGCUUCAUCAACAGGAAGGUGGUCAAACAGACAGUGAUGACUGUGGUGUAUGGGGUCACGCGGUAUGGAGGACGCCUUCAGAUAGAAAAAAGACUGAAGGAGAUUGAUGAGUUCCCUAAGGAUCAUGUUUGGGAUGCGUCACAGUACCUGGUACGAAUGGUGUUCGGUGCCUUAAAAGAGAUGUUUACAGGGACCAGAGAGAUCCAGGAUUGGCUGACGGAGAGUGCCAGACUCAUCUCCAAGUCGGGCCACACUGUGGAGUGGGUGACACCGCUUGGUUUACCCAUCAUUCAGCCCUACCAUCGCUCACGCACCCAAGUGAUAAAGAGCACCAUGCAAUGUAUCAACCUCCAGAUCAACUACGACGCCAAAGAGAGGCCAGACACGGUUAAACAAAAGAACGCCUUCCCGCCAAACUUCAUCCAUUCUCUGGACUCCACGCACAUGAUGUUGACUGCUCUCCACUGCUACAGUGCUGGUCUGACAUUCGUCUCAGUUCACGACUGUUUCUGGACACACGCCCUCACAGUGGACACCAUGAACAAGAUAUGUCGGGAACAGUUUGUCGCCCUGCACAGCCAGCCAAUCCUUGAAGAGCUGUCCAACUUCCUGCUAAAGAAAUACUGCACUGGGCCCAUAACUGAAGCCAAGAAAAAGAAGUACCAGGAGUACAAGACACUGAUGCAGCUGCUGGCCAAAGUGCCUGAGACAGGUGAAUUUGACCUCGAGCGGGUGAAAGAAUCCACUUAUUUCUUCAGCUGAAAGGUUCGUGAGGGACGAGCCGGCGGAGGAAGAUGAAUGGAAUUGACAGAAUGCAGCGGGGGAGCUGCAGAACCCAGGGUCGCAACUGGUCUUGUCUCCCCCAGACAUCAGCACAUCGAUCCAGCUGCAUCCCGCCUGCCUACUGGUCUGCAGGCCGGUUGGAGCUGCUGGAGGCGUUCACACACAGUGAACCUGCCUGAUUAGGUGACUGGUGUGUUGAUGGAAGGGAAAGGUGGUUCACUCAUCCAGGCGAAAAGAUGAGGGAAUGAGAUGUUAUGGCUUCAAUCAGUGUAAAGUACCUCUUAUGAUGAUGCUUAGGACAUAUUCAGGUGUGAGAGAAUGAGUGUGUGUGUGUGUGUGUGUGAGCCGAACAGAAUCACAUGUGAAGUGUGUUAAUUACUAGUGAUGGGUGGUGUGUGUGUGUGUGUGUAUGUUUUCAUGCUGUGGAGACCACAGAGCACUGACCUGCCUCUGCUACUACCCCACCUCAUCAUCGAUCCAUCACUCACUGCUCUCUGACUCAACAUUUCAAACUUUUUUCUCAAUAACUAU